GUCAAUAAGUCGCGUCUAUGGUUUUGGUUCACUUUUCAAUUUAAGAUUAAGUUGUUAUUUUUAUUUCUUAAUUUUUAUGUUUUGAGUUUCAGUUUUUGCUCUAUUUUAGUUUUAUUUUUAAUAUUCAGGUGUGAGGUUUAUGCAUUGUAAAUACAAUGUUUGAUGGUUAUGCUAACCAAGUGCAGCAGGAGCCGAAUCCUGCACCGCCACCCCAGAAAGUUUUGAGAUUUGAUAAAGGGUACGUGAAGACACUACCUGGGAUACUUAAAAUAGUACAACUGUUGUGCAAUGUGAUAGGGUUCAUAUGUAUGAAAGUGUCAUGGGCAUUCCUGUCAUCAAUCUUCUACAACAUACUGUACUGGGUGGCCAAUAUAAUCACCCUGUUUCUAUUCUGCAUGUACAUGUUCCACUUUGUGGAGAAAUAUGACAGAUUGCCAUGGAUGAAGUUUGAGUUCUUCUACUGCGGUGUUGUGGUACUUGCUUAUAUUGUAUUGUCAAUUAUUGCAACCACUAUUGGAGAAAAUGGAUAUGCUGUUGGGUUCUUUGGGCUGUGUGCAAUCAUAGCAUACAGUUACGAUGGCUACUUGAAAUACAGGUCAUGGAAGCGAGGUCUGCCCCCACAGUGACCUUACACGGAUUUUACUGACCUUUCAAUUAGUUUUAUUUAGGUUAAGACUUAUAUAUACAGUUAGGUUUCAACCAAACAAAAUCUUUAUUAUUUUCUCUUUUUUUUUUUACUAUUCAUAAGUCACUUUUUUUUAAUUAUUAAGAUGAAUUCUGUGGUUGUUGUUUGAGAUUGACAUUACUGCUAUUUAUUUAUUAGUUUUUUUAAAGAUAAACAACAUAUAGUUAUGUGGCAAUAUCUGUGCCAUUAUUAUUAUAAAAGAUUAUUUAAUAAUGAAAAACAUAUCAAAAUUAAAAACUAUUGCCAUUAUUUUUCUCCUCUUAAAUCAAUCUAUUAAAAAAUUAUUGUCUUGGGCCAAUUUACACAAUUUUAGUUUUACCUAUAAGUUUUGAUAUAGAAAUUAUUUUUUAUCAGUAUUAAGGGAUCUUAAUAGUUAUAACAAACAAUAUAGUUCAAGCACAACUUUUGUACCUUAUAGUACUAAGUACUUAUAUAAAGUUCAUUUUAGGAUAUUUAUAAGAAGUUAAUGUAUUUUUAUGUUAAAUCAGUGUAACUGAACAAAUAUAUAAA